AGCUCCUCAAAAAAAUGAGUGCUCCUCAAGAGCAAUCAACCUAUAUUAACUUCGAAAACCUUUCUCAACUUCUUUGUAUAAAUGCGAAUCAAGAUGGGAGAAGAAGCAGUAGACACUCAACAAGAUACCUAGGUGUUAGGAGAAGACCAUGGGGAAGAUAUGCAGCUGAGAUAAGGAAUCCAACCACUAAAGAAAGGCAUUGGUUAGGCUCAUUUGACACUGCUGAAGAAGCUGCUCUUGCUUAUGAUCUUGCUUCCAUUUCUUUUACCGGCAUUCACAAUGCUCGCACCAAUUUUGUGUACCCUAUUCUGGCGUCCGUGCCACCAAUGUUACCUUCAUCGCCGCCUUCUUCUCCUCCUCUUCCACCGCCACCCCCGCCUCCUAGUACUCCUGAGUCAUCUCAGGAGGACUUCGGUGAUCAUAUAGAUGAGAGUCAUGAUGAUGAGUCACUUGUUAUUGCUUCAAUUUUGGAAUCCUUCCGGCAUUCAGCUAGCUAUGGAUUAUGAAAAUAGAUGGUGUUUUGAAGUUCGACCCGUUUGGAUCAAUUUUGUUAUUGAUUGAUGUUAUAGAAUGAAAGCAAAAACCCAUGACCCGGAGAAAGACUGAAUAAUGUUGUUAUGU